AUGGCCAUCAGUAUGGAGAAUGUUCUAGGGAAGCUGGAAGGUCCGAUGGUAGAUAAAUCAUAUGGAGCGGAUAAGCUACAGCCCAGAGUUCUGAAGGAGAUUGGACAGGCACUGGUGGUGAUCUUUCAGGAACCACCAUCAUCAAAGAACAAGAAAACGGCUCAUAGAUGGAAGUUGAUAGCAGCAAUGAAACCUUUUCCUGGACCCCCAGCACACUGGCUAUAUGGACAUGCACAUGAGUUUUCUCAAGAUGGGACAGAUCUAGAUAAGACUGUGGUAUGGUCACAGAAAUAUCCAUAUGGACACCAAGUGUGGUUUGGUCCAUUUACAGCAUACUUAGCUGUAUACCACCCUGACUAUGCUAAGGCAUUGCUUGCAUCCUCAGAACCAAAAGAUGAUGUGGCAUACCGGUUUAUGCUUCCUUGGAUCGGUGAUGGUUUACUGAUAAACAGUGGCCAGAAGUGGUAUCGUCAUCGGCGACUCUUGACACCUGGAUUCCAUUAUGAUAUAUUGAAGUCGUACGUACAAGAGAUUGCAGAGUCCACCAAGAUCAUGCUGGACAAAUGGGAGCUACUCAGCACAAAAGAGCAGUCUGUGGAACUCUACCAUCACAUCAGCCUGAUGACAUUGGAUAGUAUUCUGAAAUGUGCCUUCAGUUUUCACAGCAACUGUCAGCUUGAAAGAGGUAACAACUCAUAUAUCCAGGCUGUCUAUGAACUUGGAUUCCUAGCUAGUGAACGAUUUAAAACCUUCCAGCAUCAUUAUGACCUUAUCUAUUACCUCACCCCUAAUGGGAUCAGAUUCCGGAGAGCCUGCAACUUGGCUCAUGAACACACAGAUAAAGUAAUACAUCAGAGGAAGGAGGCGCUGAAAGAUGAAAAGGAACUUGAACGAAUCAAAGAAAAGAAGCAUCGUGAUUUCUUAGAUAUUCUUCUGUGUUCAAGGGAUGAAAAUGGAAUUGGACUAUCCGAUGAAGACCUACGAGCAGAGGUUGAUACAUUCAUGUUUGAAGGCCAUGACACUACAGCGAGUGGAAUCUCCUGGCUCUUGUACUGUUUGGCUCAACACCCAGAACACCAGCAGAAGUGUAGACAAGAGAUCCAGGAGCUCCUCGGGGGCCAGGAGAAAUUUCAAUGGGAAUUCUUAAGUAAUAUGCCUUACACCACAAUGUGCCUAAAGGAAUCGCUACGGCUUUAUCCCCCUCUACCAGGAGUGUCCAGGAAACUGAGCAAGCCACUCAUAUUCCCUGAUGGAAAGCAAGUACCUGCAGGUUGUCUGGUUGCAUUAAGUAUCUACUCCCUCCACAGGAAUCCAAAUUUCUGGGAUGAUCCUGAGAAAUUUAACCCAUUGAGGUUUACUCCAGAAAAUUCAGAAAAUAGGCACCACCAUUCCUACAUGCCUUUCUCUGUCGGACCAAGGAACUGCAUUGGUCAGCACUUUGCCAUGAAUGAAAUGAAGGUGGCUGCCGCUCUAAUUCUUAAUCGAUUUGAACUGGAGGUUGAUGAAAUAAAUCUACCAAUUAAAACACCCCAAAUAGUCCUCCGCUCGAAAAAUGGAAUACAUCUGAAGAUUAAAAAGCUGGAGAAGUAA